AUGGCUGGCUCUUCUUCCCCGGCUGGAAAGCCCGAGAAGACCAUGUCGUCAAAUCUAUUGACCAUGAAGUUUAUGCGACGUGCUGCAGCUGCGAAAGAACCUCAAAGUCCAUCUUCUGAUGCCAGCUCGCACAAUUCCAAGCGCCCUCGUCUUUCCACCGAGGCCGAAAGCCCUCGCACCUCAGAUAUGGAUGCGAUCGCGGCUGCACUUGCUGCCGAGGAAGAAAAGCGACAACAAGCUGUCGCACGAGCAGCUGCAGAGGCGGGUGAGACACAUUGGGUCUUGAACGUCCCUGCGACGCCCCAGUCCACUCAGCAGCCUAUGGUAUUGGCGGCAGACUCGUUGGAUGCAGAUGACGAUACCUACUCCGGUGGACGGCGGGCGUAUGGCAAUUUCAAGCGCAAAGAGCGCAAGCCACAAAUUACAUCAAGCAAGGAGGGCAAUGACGAGGGUGAUGGUGAGGAUGAUUACGAGGACGACAUAAUCAACCCGUCGAAUCCACAAGAGGUCGCCAAAAUGAUUGAAAAAGCCAGACUCAGGGAAGAAGCCAAAGCCAAAGGAAACACACGACCGACAAAGCUGUCUGAACUCACUAGUAUCUCUGGGUCUGGCCGGGGGUCUUUGUUGGGAGCUCCGUCCUCUGACAAGAAGAAGAAGAAGCGCAAGAGCUACUAA